UUAAAGGUCACAGGGUGGGGUGGUGGGAGGGGUUUGGUGCGGCGCGCCGUGACGUGUUGACGUCAUCACGUCAAUACGUCAGCACUUGCGACGUGCUGACGUCAUCACGCAGCUCCCCUUCGGUGUCAUUAACGCGAAGGCGACCUUCAAGCUCUGCAGCGAUGGGGGGCGACCACCUUGAGUUUGGGCGGCUGGCACGCGUGAGGCACGUUGUCACCUUCAGCCUCUCGCCCUUCGAGCAGCGAGCCUUCGCGAACUUCUUCACCCAGGCGCUCCCCAACACCCUGCGCCGAAUUAGCGCGCAGGCCCUGAGGGUGGGCCCACCGUUCAUGUUGCUCUACUUCAUCUACGACUAUGGCUCCAAGGAGUUCACACGCUCACGGCGCAAGGACUCCUCCCUGUACUCCGACGACGAGUGACGGUUUCGCGCGGGAGAGGUGGGAGGGGAGGAGAGGUGAAGGAGAGAGAGAGAGGCGAGGAGAGGCGAGGAGAGGCUCAGGAGAAUUCGACUCGUAGGCAACAGCGCACGGAUAGGCGCAGGACAACAAUAACAACAACAAUAACAACAACAACA